AUGACUGAUCCCACAAAGACGAAUAAGGUUCGCUUUGAGCACCUCGAAGAAGCUGUGUUGGAAUUGUGCCGCAGCAUGCAAGCUAUGCAGGAGACGAGUGUGACCACCCAAACUCUUCUUCAAGAGUUGGCCUCCCGCUCUUCUAGUCGGGAUUCGGAUCGUCGCUGCAAGGCUUCGAAACAACAUCCGCCCAAGGAUAGUCCACCAUCAUCACCACAUUCUACUAGUUCCAGGAGUUCCGACAUGGAUGCAUCUGCUGAAAGCGAGAACGAUGGCUCUCGUUCCUCUCAAGCGUCUGAUACGGAAACCAAUGAGGGUCGCACCACAGCUACAGACAAGACUUUACGCAUGCAUUCUCGCGUAAAGCUCGACUUCCCUCGUUUUGUAGGUGAAGAUCCAACUGUUUGGCUUGACCAUGUUAAACAAUAUUUUGCUACUCAGGAAAUUCAAGGGAAAAAGAAAGUGACGCUUGCUGCCUACCAUCUUGAGGGCGAAACCAACCAAUUGUGGCAAUGGUACAACCGUUCCCAUGACGGAAAGACCAUCUCCUGGCACAAAUUUGAGAAGGGAAUCUUGCGCCAUUUUGGACCGACAGAUUUCGAAGACUAUGACAAGGCGCUUAGUAAGAUUAAACAGAUGGGCACUUUUCGGGAGUAUCAACAUGAAUUUGAGAAGCUGGCUAACCGAGUGACUGGUUGGCCAAAGAAAGCAUUAUUAGGUGCUUUUAUGGGAGGAUUAAAGGAAGAUAUUGCAAUUGAGGUUUGUAUGUUUCGGCCUAAGGGACUGAAGAAUGCUAUAGACCUGGCCAAACGCCAGGAUGAGAAGCUACAAAGGGGUCGCAAGCCGUCUGGCAGUGUUUCUUCCAACACUCGCCGUAUGGGCAAUGCUAUUCCCACCAACACCACUACUCCGCUACUCACUACCAAGCUUGCACCCGACAUCGUUGUCAAGCUCAGUCAUGUUUCAUUGAAGCUGAAAAGUCCAUUUGAUGAAAAAAAGGAUGAUAAAGAAGAAUUGUCGCCUACGGAUAUACCAACAGACCCACUUAUUUCACUCCAUGCAUUGUCGGGGAGUAUUGGUAAUCAUACUAUGCUGGUACGUGCUUUGGUCAACCGGCAAGAAAUUAAUGCACUGAUCGACGGAGGAUCCAGCCAUAAUUGUAUUAACCAAAUGAUGGUUAAUCAAUUGAAUCUCGCAGUUACACCUAUCACUCCAUUUUACGUUCGAGUUGCUAGUGGGGAGAAAUUCGCCUGUCAAGUUAAGUAUGAGAAGGUACCUAUUUGCAUCCAAGGAUUUUUCUUUGAGACGACGCUAUUUGCCUUACCAAUUCGGGGCCUGGACCUUGUUCUGGGCUAUCAGUGGCUUGAAGGAUUGGGUUGUGUGGUACAUGAUUAUGCUCGUCGCUCUAUGGAAUUUGUUAUUGGCAAUCAAAAAUUUAUAAUUCAGGCCAAACCCGUGGGUCCCUCUAUGGAUGUAGACGUUAAUGCACUGCUGUUGGAAUGGAAGCACGGCACUGAGCUGUUUUGCUUGGCUGCGAUUGAGAGUGAGCCAGCACUUCCAGUGGAUUCCACUCCAAAUUUGAAUCCAAAAAUUCAGGCUAUUUUAUUGGAGCACCAGCAGCCCAAAAAUAUUACUGCACUAUGGGGAUUUCUCGGUCUCACCGGAUACUACCGAAAAUUUGUGCGAAACUAUGGUCUCCUCGCAAGACCAUUGACCCAGUUAUUACGGAAAGGGCAGUUCGCAUGGAGUGAAGAGGCUAACCUUGCCUUUGCUUCCUUGAAGACCGCCAUGACAACUACCCCUGUUUUGGCACUUCCUAAUUUCUCGAAAGACUUCAUGAUUGAAAUGGAUGCUUCUGGUUUAGGCGUGGGUGCAGUACUUUCCCAAAACGGUCGACCAAUUGCUUUCCUUGGUAAGGCCAUUGGACCGGCAAAGAAGUCUUGGUCCACCUAUGAAAAGGAGAUGCUUGCAGUAUUGGAGGAUAUAAAAUCUUGGCGACCUUACUUACUGGGCAGACGGUUCAAAAUCUGUACAGACCAAAAAAGUCUUCGUCAUCUCCUAGAACAGCGUAUCACCACCCCAGAGCAACAAAAGUGGGUUGCUAAACUCUUAGGAUUUGAUUAUGAGAUCGUUUACAAACCUAGGAGGGAAAACGGCGUAGCCGAUGUGCUUUCACGAAGUGGUUUAAAUUAUGAGUUGGUUGCCAUCUCUGGACCGAUAUGGGAGAUUUGGGAUGACUUACGGAAGGCUACAAAAGAGGAUGCCAUUUUGGGCCCUUUGGAACGUCAACUACAGGCAGACCCCCUCUCUGUUGCGGGUCAUAAUAUGAAAAAUUGGUGCAUCAUGCGAGAAGGUCGUAUCCUUGUUCUUGAGGUUCCGGCCAUUAAAGAAGCUCUUUUACAUGAAUUUCAUGACAGUGCAGUGGGUGGGCACUCAGGCAUUCUUCAUACGUACAAGUGGCUUUCUUUGCUUUUUCACUGGCGAGGCAUGAAAAAAGAUGUUCGGCUCCACAUCCAGCAGUGCGACACUUGCCAACGGAACAAGUAUGAUACACGACAACCAGCCGGCUUGCUUGAGCCAUUACAAAUUCCAUCUGGGGUAUGGACCGAUGUGUCCAUGGAUUUUAUCGGUGGUCUUCCGAAAUCAGCCGGUAAAAAUUCCAUUUUUGUGGUCGUCGAUCGGCUUACUAAAUUUGCCCACUUUAUUGCAUUGGCCCAACCAUAUACAGCUCGAGAUGUUGCGGAUGCAUUCGUUCGGAAUGUGGUCAAACUUCAUGGACUUCCAUCGUCCAUCGUCAGUGACCGGGAUUGCAUUUUCAUGAGCCAUUUCUGGCGUGAGCUCUUCCGUUUACAGGGCACUACGAUGCGCACUAGUUCCGCAUAUCAUUCGGAAACUGACGGACAAACCGAAGUCGUAAACCGUUGCUUGGAGCAGUACCUUCGCUGCUUUGUACACACGACGCCAAAACGAUGGGAAGCUUUUCUCAGCUGGGCCAAAUUCUCCUAUAACACCUCCUUUCACAGCUCCAUACAGAUGACCCCAUUUGAAGCGCUUUAUGGUCGCCCUCCUCCAGUUCUAAAUGCUUACAUACCGGGGUCCACAGCACCUAAAGAAAUCUUGGGGUCACGUUGGGUCCAGAGUGCGAGUGGUCGUGUGAAGGAAAUUAUGGUUCGCUGGAAUAUUUUACCCGCCGAAGAUGCCACCUGGGAACCACUUUCGACUAUUAAGGAGCAGUUUCCUACUUUCAACCUUGAGGACAUUGUUCAAGCAUAUGUUGAACUUGAUGAUGAUCCUGGAAAACUAACUGAUGUUAUGUUUGGUGAAUUUGCAGAAGAAGCAUUAGGUUGUUCAGUAGUUAAACUUAUGAAUCGUGUUAGUGAGGUAGCUAGUGAAGAAGCAAAAUCAUGUUGA